UAUUCGGAACGGGUAUCCUUGCAUUUUCGACAGUAGAUCCUUGUCUCAGGUGCAAAAUAUGGACAUUUCGAAUGGUGAGAGGAUAACGAAAUUCCGAUGAAUACCAGGAGAUACCUCACAAAGUAUUAAAAAAUCAUCAAUGGUAUUGCUGUCAGCACCAGGUAUUAUUUGACACGAAAUGUAUUUUCAGUUUUUGACGCGAGGUAUCUGUAUCGACACAAUUUUAUUCAUGCAUGAAAUAAUAAUUAUUAUGCAGCUGUUACCUCUUGCAUGAUACACCACUUGAACUUUGUUAUCAACUGGUGGAAUUGUUUUCGUUUCAACACAUCUACAGAGUUCAUAUCAUUUGACAGGCUGCUAAAAUAAAGUGAUUUCAAUGGAAUUGUUCCCAAAAUAAUAAUGACGACAUGAAAUUAUCAAUUGUAAUUCAAAAAUAGUAGAAUAAAAUCAAUGAGUCUGAUCUUCGUUUGUAGAAAUCGUAAAAUGCUUUAAAAUAAAAGCAGAACAGGUGUGAACUUUGGAUCAAUAUUCUCUUCUAUUGCAAAACAGUAUGCCUCUUUUAAUUUUGACGAAUUCUAGUUAUCGCGUCAACAAUUGGCAGCUUAAAAAGAUGAAGAUAUUUUAUAAAAGAUACUAUACUAUACAUAUACAUAUAUAUAGGUCGAGUUAAAUUUAGAAAUGUUAUCAACUACACCUUCUACAAAGUGCCUUAUGAAAAAAGUAAUGUUGAUUCAACAGUAACGUGUAAAUAGUUUAAUUUGUAAUCUCAAAUUACUUUUGAGAUUAUAGUCCAUUACACCAAUCUAUAUACAUUAGCAUCAUGCAUGGUGAACAAAUUAAAAAAAAAAAAUGAAAAAUGAAAUAAUAAUAGCUGCUAAACUAAAGAGCCAUGAUGUAUACUAUAAUUUAUGAUUACGUUUAAAGUUAGUACAUCAGAUAUUACAAAUUUGAAAAAAGACUGUUGGGACACCCUACACAGGGUGAUUGCAUAUAUCUGUUAUGUUUACCGUUUUUGGUUAUUACACAGAUGUUGAUGUAGUCUGGAGUAUUGCAAUGAAUUCGAAACUCAUUUUCAUAUCCAAAAAAAAUAGUUUAGAGGACGCAAUUACUAUGUCCUAUCAAACUUUGCGCUCCUAAUAUAAUCGGAAAAAAAUUCUGCGAGGUUUUCUUCAAUCAUUGCACAUUUAGAUUUUGAAAUUAUUCCAUUCCUGAGGUGGUCAUAUUUUUUCACUAACAUUUUUUGCUUUUCAUAAUCUUAACAACGCGUAAACAUAUUUUGAUAUGUUAUAAAAGCUAUCAUAUCAUUCACUAACAAAUGCAUUACACAAAAAUUUGAACAGUGAAGCAAGCGAUGCAAAUCACAAAGUACAUUACAUCGUAUUAAUUAGCAAACAUAUAGAAUGUCUAUUCAUCACAGGCAUUUCAUUGCAUAAAAAUUUGUUCUAGCACGCUUUAUAUACGCGGUUCUCCAUCUCACGAUUACAAAUUCAUAUCUUUAUUAAUAAUUAUGUAAUGGAGUUGAAGUUUGAAAGUAGUUUAAAAAAUAAUAUCGUGUUUAGAAUCAUCAGUAUUUUUAAAUACAUUCCUAAAAAUAAUCAUUCAUAGAGUAACAGAUAUUUUCACCAGGCUCGUAAAUGUCUAUCGAGUACUUUCAUGAAAGUAUUAAGGUUUUAACAUUAUUUGUUCCAUAACACUGCUUUGGAAUAUUUAAGUAGAAAUUUUUUAUAUGAGUUGACUAAAUCGAAUUUGAGAUGUUGAAUUUAUUGUCAAAAUUGUCCUAAAUAAUAUGUAUUGUUGCAAGGAGUGCCUUAUAGUGAACUUGCUUUUAUUGUGAGCAACCUCAUCUUUGGCAGGUUUCAUAAAAAAUGAAGGGCCUAUUACUUACAAAAUUGUUGAGUUGUAGAAAUAUAUUAUUUCUUAAACAAUAAUUGGAAGAUUUUUUUGCUAUACCAUGUUUCAUAAUUUUCACUGUAGUUAAUUAUUGAUAAUAUCAUGUAAAUAUAACAUAAUGUACGUGAUCAAAGUUUAUUGAAGAGAAUAAAAUGGAGAAUCCGCAUCUUGUGAGUUCAGAUCUUUACAAACAAAAAAAGUGAACAAUUCAAAAACGAUCUACUGUUCAAAAUAGAAGACAAAGGCUUGCUUUGGAUGCUUGCAGAAACUGCAUUGGGCCAAGAUUCCAACAAUUUCAAUGGCUAGUCUGUAUUUAUGCAGGAAGUACCUGUAGUAAUGUGCUAAUGUAAUUAGGACUAGGUGGAUAGAUGUUUAUCACUUGUUACACUUGCAUCACUGACAAGUUACAAUUAGCAGCAGAUGAUAAUUGUGAAUGGUAUUUAACGGUCAGUGUUUCAGCAUCAUGGCAUGUUGAUUUCAAAUUUCGUGUCCAAUUGUGAUAAGAUAGCAAUGUCAAUAAUGCUGCAAAUCUGGAGAGUUAUAAUAUCAUAACAUUCUGUUUUUCGAUCAGCUGGUAUUAGUGUAUCGUCAUAAACAUUAUAACAUCCUUCUAUGCCAAGAUGUACUUUAUCCAACCAUUACUGUCAUAGAUAUAUUUCACCGUUUUCAAAUUCGUUUCAUAGUACAAAUGUAAACAACAGCAGUUACAGAUAUGAUGUAAGCUGGCAACUUUAUAAAUGAGGGUAGCUUUUUUGAGCUACUGAGUUUGCUUGCUGUUGCCGCAAUAUACACAUCUGAAACUUCUCCGUUCAUUGUUAGACAAUGGUGGACUCUGUUUUUCGCACCCGAUCACUUGGAACUGCUGCAGAAGGAGUUCGAGACCAGUAUGCAGAUGGAAAAGCAGCUAAAGUAUGGGAGGUUUUCAUUGGCGACAAAAAAUCUCGUACACAAAACUACAAGGACUUUCUGGUCGGUUUACUGAAGAAGAAUGGCUGCCGAAGAAUCCUAGAUGUUGCGUGUGGUACAGGAAUAGAUUCUGUUAUGCUUCUGGAAGAAGGAUUUGAAGUUGUUAGUGUCGAUGCAUCAGACAAAAUGUUGAAACAUGCUUUGAAAGCACGGUGGGAGCGAAGGAAAGAAGCUGCUUUCGAUAACUGGAUAAUUGAAGAAGCAAACUGGCUUACGUUGGCCGAUGACGUGAAUCACUUAAUUGGCGGAGGAUUUGAUGCUGUCAUUUGCUUGGGAAACAGUUUCGCUCAUAUGCCAGAUUUGUAUGGUGAUCAAAGGGAACAAAAACUAGCAUUCAAAAACUUUGAGCGUUGCGUAAAACCAGGUGGUUUGUUAUUGAUUGACCAUAGAAACUAUGAUCACAUCAUUACAACUGGAUCCACUCCAUCAAGAUGCAUAUAUUACAAUAGUACACAUGCGACUGACAUCAAGACAUCUGUAUUGUAUGUAAGUGGGAAGCCAGCAAUAGUGACCUUUGACUACCUGAUUGACUUAGGAGAUAAGAAAGGUGGUAACAAUGGGACAACAGAAUAUAAUGAGGAUAAUAUAAGUGAGUUUAGAUUAUCAUACUAUCCGCACAGACUCACAGUUUUCCAAGAUAUGCUAGCUGAAGCUUUCAACUAUUCUGCAAAACACACUAUAUACGGUGAUUUUAAGCCGUUGGACGAAAUCAAAGAUCCAGCUUUUUAUAUUCAUCUUUUACAAAAAGCGCGUUGACAAACGAUAAAAAAGUAACUGACAAUGACUGGAAAUUAGGAGUAGUCAUUUAAUUAUAAAAUGAAAUAUUCACUAGAUUAUUGUUACUGUUGGAUACAAAUUACAAUUAUUGUAAAUAAUCAAGCUAUAAAAUAAAAGGUAUGUACAAUUUUUA